CACGCCCCAGCCCGCGUCUCCAAAGGGCAGCGGAAGGCCCUGCGGACGCCCGCGUGGGGUCACCGGAGGCUCCUGCACCUGGGUCCAAAGACAACUUCCCGCACUCAGGCCGCGCUCGUCCUGCUGUAGGCCAUGCCUGAGCUGCGGGUCGGCCUGACCCUGGCGCUGGGCGCGGGGCUGGGUGCAGCGGCAGAGCACUGGCGGCGUGGCGACGGCGACCGCAGCGCCUGCGACUUCCGAGAGGACGACUCUGUGCAUGCGUACCACCGUGCCACUAACGCGGACUAUCGCGGCAGCGGCUUUGACCGCGGCCACUUGGCCGCCGCCGCCAACCACCGCUGGAGCCAGCGGGCCAUGGACGACACCUUCUACCUGAGCAACGUGGCCCCACAGGUGCCACAUCUCAACCAGAAUGCCUGGAACAACCUUGAGAAGUACAGCCGAAGCUUGACUCGCACUUACCAAAAUGUCUAUGUCUGCACAGGGCCUCUUUUCCUGCCCAGGACGGAGGCUGAUGGGAAGUCCUAUGUGAAGUACCAGGUUAUUGGAAAAAACCACGUAGCAGUGCCCACACACUUCUUCAAGGUGCUCAUCCUGGAGGCCACCAGUGGGCAAAUUGAGCUGCGUUCCUAUGUGAUGCCCAAUGCCCCUGUGGAUGAGACUAUCCCUUUGGAGCGCUUCCUGGUGCCGAUCGAGAGCAUUGAGCGUGCCUCUGGGUUGCUCUUUGUGCCCAAUAUCCUGGCUCGAGCUGGAAACCUCAAGGCCAUCACUGCUGGCAGCAAGUGAGGGUGAAGGACUGAAGACACUGGGAGAAGGGGCUGGCUCAUAUUAAAGGUGGUUAUUUUUGGA